CAUUCAGUGAUAAGAAGGCCACAAGAAGAAGAAGAGGGUUGGGGGCUGGAAGUCUUGCACUUCUAUUUUUUAUUAUUUUUCCAUUCCCUGCCUCCUCACUGCCCUUUGCCUGGAGUAUGGACUUGGAGGACGACUUCUGCCUUGAGGAGGACAAGCUUAGUAGCCGUUAGACCCCCCACCAAAUCUUGACACUCCCACCAAGCACUGACUCGGAAAUUAAAUGUUGGGGCAUUCCUAUUCUGAGCUCUACCAGUACUCCCUCCUUCCACUUGUUGACCCUGACGAGGAAGACAAAGAAGAAAGGAGAAGAAAAGAGAUGGAUUACUACGGAUUUGAGGACUAUUUUGAAGACCGCAUAACUAAGCAAAAGAGGAAGAAGAAGAAACAGAAAGAAGAAAGAAGAAACAAAAAGGAAAUGAAGGAGGAGGAUGAGAAAAAGGAGAAAGAGGAGGAGGAGGAGGAGGAGGAGGAAGAGGUGGAGUUAGAUGAGGAGGAGGAGGAGGAUGAUGAGGAGGAGGAGGAGGAGGAGGGAGAUGAAAGAGAAUCAUUUUUCCCAUCAUAUCGGAGGGAGAAUACAAUGGGCAUGACGGUCACCUCGGGCACCGUCACUCUAGAGAAGAAUGACAGCAACCUCAUCGGCAUCAGCAUUGGGGGCGGCGCUAAGCUCUGCCCGUGUCUCUAUGUGGUGCAGGUAUUUGACAACACAGCUGCGGCUCGAGAGGGGACGCUGCAGAGUGGUGAUGAGAUAACAGGGGUGAAUGGGGUCAACGUGAAGGGCAGAUCAAAGCAGGAGGUGGCACAAAUGAUACAAAGGUCACAGGGCACUGUCACAAUCCACUAUAACAAGCUCCAUGCAGACCCCAAGCAAGGCAAGACCCUCGACAUUGCCAUGAAAAAAAUGAAGCACAGACUCGUUGAAAACCUCUCGUCCUCCACGGCUGAUGCACUGGGCCUCUCUCGCGCCAUCCUGUGCAAUGACUCACUGGUCAAGAAACUCGGGGACCUUCAACGGACCGAGGAAGUCUACCAGGGCCUUGUUGACCACACUAAGAGGCUCCUGAAGGCAUUUCUAGACCUGGCGGUGGUGUACAGACGGUUUGGAGACGUGUUUUGUGAGAUUGGAGUGAGGGAGCUGCAGCAGAGUGCCAAUGAAGCCUUUAGCCAGUUUGGGGAGGCUCACCGACAGAUGGAAAAGUGUGGCAUUGUCCUCCUCACACGACUCAAGCCUAUCCUAAGUGACCUGGGGACUUACCUGCACAAGGCCAUACCAGACACCCGGCUAACAAUUCGCAGGUACGCCGACGCCAAGUUUGAGUACCUGAGCUACUGUCUAAAGGUGAAGGAGAUGGAUGAUGAGGAGAUGCAGUUUGCCCACCUGCAGGAGCCACUCUACCGCAUUGAGACAGGAAACUAUGAGUACAGACUGGUGCUGAGGUGUCGGCAGGAGGCAAGAGCAAAGUUUGCACGCCUUCGCUCGGAUGUCCUGGUGAAGCUGGAGCUGCUGGACUCCAAACAUGUGCAGCACCUCACCCAGCAGCUGCAGAGAUUGGCAGCAGCCCUGGCAGCCAACCACAACCAAUGCCAUGCUCUCCUGCAUGGCCGGCACUGGUUCCCUAUCGAGCUGGACAUGAGCGGCACCACCCUGCAUGAACAGCACCAACACAACCAGCUGCAGACUGGCUUUGAAGAUGAUGAUGAAGAAGAGGAAGAGGAAGAAGAAGUAGGGGAAGAUCUUUUAGAAGUCGGCCAAAAUAACAAAAUGACUGAGUCCAAUGACCUCAUCCAGCCUCUCCGUGACCUGAACCUGACCUCCAGCAGACCCGAGGAGGAGGUCAAAGAAGGAGCCUUUGAAGAGGUCAACCUCCUCGGUGAUUACUGAGCCCCUUGGUGAACAAAGAUUAUUCUCAUAUUUUGUAUAUAUUAAGUUCAUUUAUUAUUUUAUUGGUAAUUAGCACUCAAUUCACCAAGAAGUUUGAGAUUGGAAUCCCUGGUCAGGUGGACAGUGUGGGCCUGAAAUCCCGUAAUCCCUGCCCACCUGGCACAGUCAGAGGUGGAGAAUGGGAUUUGUGACCUUGUAAGCUGGCAUCAGUAACCUUGCCCCCUUGUAGUUUUGCAGGGAGAGUGCAUUAACCCUGCCUAUGUGUGUGUGUGUGUGUGUGUGUGUGUGUGUGUGUGUGUUGGGGGGGUGGUACAUAUACUACAGCCAAAACUGGUUUCUACCAUAUUCAAAAUGGUAAACUGACAAAGAUAUAAUGAAUUCUUGAUAUUUCUAUACUACUAUUACUACCAGUACCACCACACCACCACCAUCAUUCCAUUACCUUUUAAGUUUUACCUGAAGAAUUAAAAAGAAAGGAUUGAAGUAGAGUAAGUUGAUUUCUAAAUGGUUAAGGAAAGAGAUGUAAGGGCAAAAGGAAGUGAUGUGUUGUUGUGUCCUCCAUGGUGUAUAGAUUCAUAAUGGGUCUGAGUUCACACCUGUUUUACACACAUUUGGAGAGGAAGUUCAUCAUUAGUGAUAUCACUCUGUCAACAGGAAAAUUAAUUAAGCUGUCAAAUAUCCUUAUGUGAAAUAGAAGUGUGCUGUUGCCACUAUUUGCAUGGCAACAGUGCUUUCACAGAUCACGGAAGAAUGUUUGGCAGCUCCAAUUCUCCCACAGAUGCAGCAGCGUCACUGAUGACGCACUCCUUCUCCAGACCUGUGUGUGAAAUGGCUAUGUGAACUCAGCCUGUGAGGUUGACUGAAAUAGUCAGUGUUGUUUUAUGUUGUGAGUCACACUAUUGUUUUUAAAUGUUUUACUUCAUUGCCUGCACUAGUCAUUAUAUUCCUGUUUGAAAAUGACUUAGUCCACUACAGUAUUAUGCUUGUUUGUUUGAGACACUUGUGUUUUGAGAGUAAAAUGACAUCAAGAACA